AUGGUAGAAAUUCCGACACGGAACGUGCGAAAAUGUUUCCUCUUCGGUCUGCUUUCGCUGGCUUCAGCAUACCCGGUGCCACCAACAACGCUCAGCAUCGUUGAAGCAACCAUUGAAGACCUCCAAGGUGCUCUCAGCUCCGGCCGGACGAACGCUGUGAAACUUCUCGCAAAACACCUCAAUCGGAUUGCGCGAUACUCCCGUCGCGGACCGGAACUCAAUGCUGUUCCUGUUCUGAAUCCAACCAUGUUCGAUGCCGCGCAGGCUUCAGACGAAUUCCGUGCCCAAAAUGGUGGAAAAAUCAGGUCGCUUCUCGAAGGUCUGCCUUUCACAGUGAAGGAUAGCUACAUGCUCGCCGGCCUUCCGGUUGCCGCAGGGUCUCCUGCAUUCCAGAACUUGACUGCCCAUGACGAUGCUUUCACUGUCGGUCAACUUAAGAAAGCUGGUGCGGUGGCUAUUGGAAAGACAACUAUGCCUCCUAUGGCCAACGGCGGGAUGCAGCGAGGUCUAUAUGGAAGGGCGAACAGUCCAUAUAACGAAGAUUUCUUGACUGCAGCUAUGGGGUCAGGCUCUUCCAAUGGUUGCGGUACUUCUACCGCGGCAAGCAUGGCUGCCUUUGGUAUGGCCGAAGAGACUGUAUCAUCAGGCCGAUCUCCAGCUUCUAACAACGGUCUCGUGGCCUACACACCGUCCCGUGGUCUUCUGUCUAUCCGUGGCAAUUGGCCUCUGCAAGUAAUUGCGGAUGUUGCUGUUCCUCAUACGAGGACUGUCGGUGACAUGUUAGCCGUGCUCGACGUGCUCAUGACUACUGACAACGAUACGUUCUCGGACUUUUGGCGAGGACAACCUUACGUCACUCUGCCCCGUGUCGAAGACGUAAGACCAGAUUUCUUUUUCACAUUAGCGAACGCCACUGCACUUGCAGGAAAGCGCAUCGGUGUGCCCAAGAUGUACAUCGGUGGUGAAGACCCGGCAGCCAUCCCAGUCUACAGUCGUGACUCAGUCAUUGAGCUCUGGCGUGAUGCUCGAAAAACACUCGAGUCCCUCGGUGCCACCGUAGAAGAAGUCGACUUCCCCGCGGUCACCAACUACGACCGUCCCCCAGCCCACAACGAGGUGGGAACCAAAUGGCCUCUGCCCAGCUACUACAACGGCAGCAGCGGACCGAACUACACCGAUAUCAAUGGAUACGCGUGGGACAACUUCUUGUACAUGGUAAACGACACAAGCAGUUUCACCACGCUUCUCGACGUGAACGCUAGCCUCAUCUUCCCCCAAAUUCCAGGAACCCUUCCUGAUCGCUACGGUAACACCUUCAACAACCGCACAAGCUCGUAUGACGACCUUGUCGAAGCUGUAGCGCGCCGCAACGGCCGCAACAUAUACGAUUUUCCUGGCCUGGAUGCCCACCUCCAGGCGCUGGAAGAUCGCCGCAAGCGCGACCUGGAAGACUGGAUGGUUGAAAAGUGUCUCGACCUCGUCGUCUGGCCCGCUGCAGGAGACAUUGGCCACGAGGAUGCUGAAACCAACGUCACCGCCUCAGAAAUCACGUGGCGAAACGGUGUGGCGAGGUCCAACGGAAAUGCAGCGAUUCGGCAGCUGGGCAUUCCUACCGUCAACGUCAUGAUGGGUGCUUUGAGCGAUAUCCAUAUGCCCAUGGAUCUCACAUUUGCUUCUAAAGCGUACGACGAUAUGGCCCUGCUGAGCUAUGGCUAUGCUUUUGAGCAGGCGCACAAGCAGCGCUUUGCUCCUCCACGGACGCCUGCGCUGGACACGGACCUUAUCUAUACGAACGGUGAAAGCAAGUACAGCGGCAGCACAGAGGCGCCCGAGUUGCACGUGCAAGUCGCACGCAUUGACAAUUUCACAAUCUCCAUCUCGGGCCAUGUUGCGCACCACACGAGUAGCGAAGUCGAGGUCUCUGUUGACGGUAUCAGUACGCAGGUCUUCCCUUGUGGUGAUGAAACCUGGACUAUUACAGCUCAGACAACACCGUGGUAUGCGGAUGAGUUUCCAAGGGUGUCUAUUCCGGACGAGGGGCUGGCAAUGGUUGUUGUGGUGGUGUCUGCGCCUAACGGGAGAUCAGAUGGGAGCAUGUUCUUCAUCUAA